UCGCAGUGACAGGAGGAAGGCUGAGCGCCGAGGCUUAAAUGUUAGAGGUUAGAGAGAGCUGCUAUCAGUGCAGGUGAAAAGCGGGAAGUCAGAGAGCUGGCGUGCCAGAGCUCAGGCCUCAGAACAAACAUUUGAAACGGCAAGAACCGACCAUCAGAUGAGAGGCUGGACAGCUGCCUCAGCUGCGUUCCCAGUCUAGAGCAUUCACAGCGAACACCAAAAAGCUCGCCUGCAGUCAAAAGAAAGAGAAAGAGGAGCGCUGGCACUCAGGAGCAGAACAAAACACAGGUGUGGAGAGGAGCCGUGAUGGAAAACCUGCCUGUCUACCACGGACCCAUCGGCAAAGAAGAGGGGGAGAGGCGGCUGGGCCAGGACGGGCGGGACGGGUGCUACCUAGUGCGCAACAGUGACUCUGUGCCGGGCGUCUACUGCCUGUGUGUGCUGAGCCACGGAUUCGUCUACACUUACAGACUGCACAAGGAUGACGCAGGUUCAUGGGCUGCAGAAACCACUCCUGGUGUGCAGAAACGAUAUUUCCGGCAAAUCAAGAACUUGAUAGCAGCUUUCCAGAAGCCCGGGCAAGGAAUUGCCAUGCCUCUGCUCUACCCUGUCACCGCUCAGAGCCGGGCACAGACCUACACGGAGGCACAGACGACCGGCGACGGCCUGUCACCGACACACAGCAGCCCGCACCUCCAGCAGCGGCCACAGCCUCCUGCUAAGAGACAAAAACACAGGAACAAGACGGAGGUGCGGCAAACCCCCGGUUAGGGGCAAACCCUAAACUCAACGUUGACGUAAUUAUGAACAAAAAUGCCGCCCACUGUUACAUUUUGCACACUGCGUGUGAAGCACCUGUCAUUUUGCUCCAAUAAAUCAGCUCUUGUUUGUUAAAUCCAAGUCAUUUGGGUUGUAGCGCUGACUCAGAUCUCAGUUUCCAGCCAGUAUGUGUAGAUGUGGCAAAGUGCCUCAUAACUUUCAGGGAUGUGAUGUAAAAUAUUCAACUGCUCAAACAUUAAUAUCCAUUACUGCAUACAUAAGUUGACAACAAAUGUGCUUUGUUUUCUUAAUGCAAUUUGGUUGUGUGAAUGGCAAAGGAAAUAAACGACAGUGG